CCUCUAUUGCACAUAUCAUCCUCUUGACUUGCAAUCUCUUCUCUUUUAAACUCCCUUUAAUCACCCUUUUCAUCAUCUUUUGCCCUUGCAGCCGGCCUCUCCAUCACCUACACCAAAAACAUCAUUCAAACAAAUGGCAUCAAGCUCCGUGUCCUCUCGCGGUUCGGGCUCGUGGACUGCUCAGCAGAACAAAGCCUUUGAAAGGGCUUUGGCUGUUUAUGACAAGGACACACCCGACCGUUGGCAUAAUGUAGCCAGGGCAGUUGGUGGAAAAACUGCUGAAGAAGUGAAAAGGCAUUACGAACUCCUCGUGGAGGAUGUCAAGCAUAUUGAGUCAGGCCGAGUUCCCUUCCCUAAUUACAGGACUACCGGGGCAAAUGGCCACUCAAAGACUGGAUGAAAAACAUGAAGCUCCAGUGAGCUAGCUCAACGAACUUCAUGUAUGUUUCCGCAGCAAUAUAGAUUCACUGCUUUCUGCUCCUCCUAUUACUAUGCUCCACUUAUGAGCUAGCUCUAGUUGUCCCAGGUUAAAUAAUUUCAAAAGAGCACUGAUUUUGAUUAAAGAAUCAAAACCAGUGAUUCUACCCUUUCUUUUAUUGUUCUAGUUGUCUAUUUUAAAUUAUUAUCGUGCUGCUACUAUAAGCACUUCAUAAAUGUAUCAAGGAAGGUAUCUUGAAUCUUUUGAUGAUUCGAAUCCCUUCCUUAUCAUGUUCCUAAGUUUCUAAGCAAUGAAAUAUAUUAUUAUUUUAUGUU